AAAUAAAUGAAAGGAAUCAUUGCUAUCAUUCUUGCAUUGGCUGUGGUCUCAAAUGCCACAAGCACAAAAGAUUAAAUCUUGGCUUUACUUUAAACAGGAACAAAGGCCAGUGAUGCCAUUGACACAGUGUUUGGAUUGCUUAACGACUUAAAGUAAUCAAACAUCGAUGCUCAAUUCGCAGCAGACCAAAAGAACGAAACAGAUGAAUGGGUUGGUGCUUAAACCAUAGAAUAAUUCAGUAAGAUAAAAGCCUUGAACCAAAAAUUGUUCCAAUAAGCUGUAGAAAACAGAGUUGAGUAUGAAAACGUUCUUUAAUAAACCAAAAACUAUUUGGCAUGGAAUGAAGCUAGAAGAGACUCAAUAGCUGCUAAAAUUGAAACACUUUCAGACAAUUAAUGCUUCUCAAACUAAUUGUUUGUUAAGUCUAUAAAACACAACUAAGAAGCUUUGGAAGUGAUUAGACUCCUUAAAUAAGAUGUUGCUGGAUACAUCGUAAAUGGAGAUUCUUUUGAAUUCACUUAAGUCUAAGCUUAAUCAGUAGCUGAGAAAUUGAAACAAUAUAGCAACUUAUUCUAAGAACAUUAAAUCAAAUCCUUCUUGGCACUUGCUUAAGAAGAAUAAGUAUAUAUUUAAUAAAUAUAUUAAUUAGGCUUCAGAAUCAUCUGGACAUGGAUAAACAUUAGCAGAAAGAGUUUUGGGUGUUUUGGAAGGUUUAGAAUCUGAAUUAGAAGCAUCAUUAGAAAAUUUGAAAUAAAAUGAAAUAAAUGCUUCAUGGGAAUUAGCAGGUUGGGUAUCAUUAUCUGAAGCUGAAAUUGCUUCAUUAGAAGUUGAAUAUGAAAGAAAAUAAGUAUUUGCUGAUAGAACUGCCACUGUAAUAUUUAUAAUCUGAAUAUGUUUAGUAAAUCUAAGCUUCUUUUGCUUAAUAAGCCAAAUCAAAGAUUAUAUUAUAAGAAUCUCAAGAUGCUUUAGAUUAAGCUUAAGCUGAUUUAGAAGCCAAGAGAGCUGAUUAUGCAGAAGCAAAAGCCAAGAGACAAGAAGAGAAUGCCAUCUUGGAUGAAGUAAUCAUCAUGUUCAAGAAAUAAGUUGCUUCAUGGUCUGGAAGAUGAUAUUCUUUUUAAAAACAAAAUUAGUCAAUCACAACAA